CUAUAUUUUACAAAGACAGAUUAUGUAUAAGAACCUAAAUAAUACGCGUUUUAAAAGUUUAAUUAAUAGUAGAAACUCGUGGAGAAGUACUUUUAUUAAGUGCAGUUGCACAAGGACGGUGUGUAUUGUGUAUGUAGAGACGUCAGAUGAGUGUCGUCAACUCUAUAUAACAAGUUGGUCCUACGGAGGCGUUGCAUUUGCAAUAAGGACUUUGUUUAUUAGUUCUGACUGAAGUGAAGUUAUACAAGUGAUACAAAAGGAGGAUAAUUUCUUUUGCUAAAUAAUUUGAAUGUCGAUACUUUGUUGAGAUGUUGCUGCUAGUGAUCUGGGUGUUGACUGCUAGUUGCGCGGCGUGGCUGUACUUCCGGCAGGUGUACUCAAGGUUCAGUCGGUACGGCGUGCGCUCGCUGCGCCCCCUGCCGCCCGUCGGCAACAUGGCCAGGAUAACUUUGCGACAGGAGCACUUCUCAGACAGCAUCGAGAAGCUAUAUGAUGCUUUCCCUGAAGACAGAUUCGUGGGCAGAUACGAGUUCUUAAACCCGAUGGUGAUGAUUAAGGACAUCGAGCUGAUAAAGAAGAUAGCAGUGAGGGACUUCGAGUACUUCCUCGACCAUCGCGCCUUCGUCGAUGAACAAUUCGACCCUUUGUUUGGACGGAAUCUGUUCGCUUUAAAAGGUCAGGAGUGGAAAGACAUGCGGUCGACUUUGAGCCCCGCCUUCACAAGCUCCAAGAUGCGGCUCAUGGUGCCGUUCAUGGUCGAAGUUGGUGAGAAGAUGAUGGAAUCCUUGAGGGUAAAAUUAAAGAAUUCUAAAACUAUCGUCGUCGACUGCAAGGACUUGACGACGCGAUAUACGAAUGACGUAAUCGCCUCCUGCGCUUUCGGUCUGAAAGUGGAUUCCCACACGAACAGAGACAACGAGUUCUACAAGAUGGGAAAAGUCGCUUCUACUUUCGACUUUAAUCAGUUGCUCAAGUUUCUGUUGCUCAUUUCUUGGCCCAACAUUUCAAAGGUUCUUCGCGUGAGUCUUUUCACUUCGGCGACAAAGAACUUCUUCAUAAACCUGGUACUGGGCACUAUGAAUGAUCGCGAAGCCAAGCAGAUCGUCAGACCUGAUAUGAUACAUCUAUUAAUGGAAGCCAAGAAAGGUCGUUUGCUACACGAAGAAAAAUCCGCCGUUGACACAGAUGCAGGCUUCGCUACUGUCGAAGAGUCUUCUGUUGGCAAGAAGAAUGUUGAACGUGUGUGGUCCGACACUGACCUGGUGGCACAGGCGGUGCUGUUCUUCAUUGCGGGCUUCGAGGCGAUCUCCGCGGCGAUGUCGUUCUCGCUUCACGAGAUGGCGCUGCACCCUGACGUACAGGAGCGUCUGUACCAGGAGAUACGCGAGUACGACGACAAGAACAAGGGAGCAAUCGAUUACACCUCAAUACAGAGCAUGCCCUAUCUGGAUAUGGUCGUGUCUGAGGUGCUCAGACUGUGGCCCCCCGCUUUAGCAUUGGACAGACUUUGUGUCAAAGAUUACAGCUUAGGAAAAGCAAAUAAAAAUUGUAAUGUUGACUAUGUGGUGCGGAAGGGCGAGUCGAUCAUGAUCCCGGCUUGGUCUAUUCACCGCGACCCUGCGUACUACCCGCGACCUCUUCACUUCGACCCGGAGCGCUUCUCUGAAGAGCGCAGGCACCUCAUCAAGCCUUUCACCUACAUGCCCUUCGGCCUCGGUCCCAGGAACUGUAUCGGUUCCAGGUUCGCUCUGUGUGAGGUGAAGGUGUUGCUGUACCAGCUGCUGCUGCACGUGCAGGUCUCCACGUGCGAGAAGACUUGCAUCCCGGCUAAACUAUCCCCAGACACUUUCAACAUCAGGUUGAAAGGUGGACACUGGCUGAAGUUCACUCUUAGGGAGUAAACAAAAGAACCAGUUUGAAAUAAAUAUGUCAAGUUUAAGAUUUA